AUGGCUACGCUCGUAGCAGACUAUGGAGAUAGUGAUGAAAAUUCGGACAUUGAAUUUGAAGUAACAGAUGAUGACAGACUGUUAUCCAGUCCAUCAAAAGCGACAGUCGAGACAGUGUCAACAGAACCCAGAAAGACUGUGAAUUUUUUUCAAAGUGUUGACAGUGACAGCAGUAGUAGUGAUGAGGAGGACAACAAGACAAAAAAAGAAAAUGCAUCAAAGGGAGAUAAUCAAAACAAACUCCCCAAUCCUUUGGCAGAAAAGCUACCAACUCCAAGUCUCAGAGAUCUUAAAGACAGCCAGUCAGUUUUCAGCAAUAAAUAUGAACUAGCAGAAAAAGCUAAAAAUUCUAUCUUAGAGCAGCAUGUUAAAAUGACAGAGGCUAGAAAACAAGCCAAGAAAAAUGUAUGUUUCAAAUUUCAGAAAGGAAAAUGUAAGUUUGGAAAAAAUUGUAAAUUUUCACAUGAUUGUGGAUCAGACAUAGUUGUGAAUUCUACAAAACAGGAUGAAGAAAAAUCCCAAAAUGAGGCAGAUUUCAAUUCAGGAUUUGGUGGUGCAGGGCGGUCAGUGCAUUGUGAUCCAAAUGUUCGAUAUGGGGACACACUGCCUCCUGUUGAUGCUGCUGAUGAUGAUAGCUACAUGGCCAGGACCAAACGAAAGAAACAUGCAGGAUUAUCAGAAAAUUUAGUUCCAUCUAAAAGAGCUAUGUCAUCUUUAGACAGACAAAGAAUUCAUGAAAGACCAUGGACAGUGAAUAAUAAAAAAAAAAAUUACUAAAUAUUACUAAUGUUACUUUGAUACUAAAUGGGAAUUAUAAUGUUACAGUGAUACCAAUUUUACUAAGUGAAAGCUAUAAUAUUAUCAUGAUACCCAUCUGCAGUAGGACAUUACAAUGUUUAAAUGCAGUGGUAGAAAAAAUAGUUGGAGGUUUUUGAAAGUUCUUUUCAGCAAUAAAACAUUUUGACACAAACUACAGAAAAAACUUCAGGAUAUGUAAAACUUUUGCACAUUAAAUGUAUCAACUGGGAAAUGUAUUUGGUUUGUCG